GCCUCUAGGUCCAUCCCGUUCCUCUCCCCUGCUUCUUAGGUUGAUUCACUCCGCACGGCGUCUUGAUUUGAAUUCCCUUGCAGAAGCUUCAGUCGGCCGGAUUCGGUGCGAUACCACACAUUACCUACAUCCACCCGUUCAAUACAUCCAUCCGUCGGUAGUGGCAGUGCGAUACACAUUCCCUGUCAUCAGCCUGACCAACAUGUUCUUCCCCGUCACUGCCACCACCGCUACCACCACCGCUACCACCGCCUCCUCCUCGGCCGCCUCUGCUACCACCGCCAUUAUUGCCUCCACCAUCGCCUCCUCCUCUUCCUCUCCCUAUUUCUCUCCCCCCCAUUUCGCCAGCUCCCUCUCUCGUCCUUCCUUCCUCCUCCCUCACAGCUCAUCGUCUCGCCUAACUCGCCCGCGUCGCUCGCGAUCCUCCCUCUUCCACCCCGCUCCGUCGCAAUCGAUAAUACCCGCCGCCGCCCAGGCGCCCCUCGCAGCCUGCUACUGCUCGGCAUACACUCGGCCGACCGCGCUCCACCCCCGUCCUAAUUGCUAGGAACGAGUUAAAUUGCCUCACGGGCGCUCCCGACCUCAAGUAGUCUUGCGGCGGCCCAGUUCCCUCUCCCCCCGAGCUGGCUCUGCAUCUGCAAUCCAUACCCUUCGGUGUGCAAUGGGAGACGCCCGUGAGAGCAAUGGGUCCGGCCGGAAUGACCAACCCCUGACCGGCCUCGGCGCCAGCGUCAAUACCAACGGCCACACCAGCCGCCCUAUCAACGGCCGUGCCAACGGUCAACCCAACGGCCGAACUAACGGCCUGCAGGCUAAAGAUGGCCUUAGCAAUAACCCCGCCUCUUCCGAGUGGUUCGUCGGCAGCAUAGAUCAAGGCACUACGUCAUCGCGCUUCCUCCUCUUCAACCGCGAUAUGGAUCCUGUGGCUAGUCAUCAGAUCGAGUUCGAGAACCUCUAUCCGGAGUCCGGGUGGCAUGAGCAUGAUCCCUUCGAAUUGCUUUGGUCCGUCGAGCUAUGUGUCGACAAGGCCAUGGAACAGUUUAGCCACAAAGGGUAUUCCAAGUCCCAGAUCAAGGCUGUAGGUAUCACCAACCAGCGGGAAACCAUCGUCUGCUGGGACAAAAACACCGGCGAUCCGCUCUGCAAUGCCAUUGUAUGGCCCGACACGCGAACGAAAGACCUCGUCCGAGACUUGAAGACGCGCCCGGGCGCCAAUCAAAUCACCCAACUCUGCGGCCUACCCCUGAGCACCUAUCACUCAAGUGUCAAACUACUUUGGCUGCUACAAAACGACCAGCGCGUGAGGCGUGCCUACGACGAGGGUCGCCUCGCCUUCGGCACAGUAGAUACUUGGCUUAUCUACCGGCUGAACGGCAAGGAGAACAACGUCCACGUUACCGACACAACAAAUGCGAGCAGGACCAUGUUCAUGAACUUGCACACGCUGCAGUAUGACGAGAACCUUCUCUCCUUCUUCGGUAUCGAUCGGACCAAAGUGGCGUUGCCCAAGAUCGUGCCCUCAUCUGACCCUAAGGCAUUCGGCACGAUCGCUAGCGGCGCCUUGUCCGGGAUUAAAAUCACGGGCUGCCUGGGCGACCAGUCAAGCGCCUUAGUCGGCCAGUGCGGCUUCAACGCGGGCCAGGCGAAGAAUACCUACGGCACCGGAUGCUUCUUGCUAUACAACGUGGGGACAAAACCGGUGCUUUCAAAGUACGGCCUCUUGGCAACCGUGGCGUUCGACUUCGGAAAAGGUCAGGAGCCCGUUUACGCCCUAGAAGGCAGUAUAGCAGUUGCCGGCUCCGGUGUCAAAUUCUUGGCGCAGAACCUGGGGUUCGUUCAAGACUCGAGCAAGGUCAACGAGUUGGCAGAGAGUGUCAAUGACAAUGGGGGAGUCGUAUUUGUCACAGCAUUCAGCGGCCUGUUCGCACCAUACUGGAUCGACGAUGCGAAGGGGACUCUCUUCGGCUUAACCCAACACACGCAAAAAGGCCACAUUGCUCGCGCAACCCUCGAAGCGACCUGCUUCCAAACCCGGGCGAUCCUCGAGGCGAUGGAGAAAGACUCGAACCACAAACUCGAAUCCCUCGCCGUGGACGGCGGCAUGUCAAACUCGGAUCUCACGAUGCAGACGCAGGCCGACAUCAGCGGCAUCCGGGUGGAGCGCCCCGCGAUGCGCGAGACGACGGCUCUGGGCGCCGCGAUCGCGGCCGGCCUGGCGGUCGAGGGGUGCUGGAGCGGCCUCGAGGAGCUGGUCGAGUUGACGCGGAGGAAGCCGGGCCGCCGGGUGUUCGAGCCCAGCAUCGAGCCGAAGAGGGCGCGGCGCAUGUACCAGCACUGGGAGAGGGCGGUGGACAUGAGCCGCGGGUGGGUCCGCGAGGAGCAGGACGAGGAGGAGUACAACCGGACCCACUGGUCCAAGCCCGCGAUAUCGCAAAAGCCGGCGCUGUGAGGAGGGGCGCGAGCGGGGCAGGUUGCCGGUGGCCGGACAGACGGAGGGACCGGAUGAGCGAGCGGGUAAUUGUUAAUUGUUAGGUACCACCUACCUCCUAUAUCACGAAGGCCCAAAAAAAACCCCCAAAAACGGGGCCCGGCCACACCACGGCCGCUGGGCCGCGCGCUCUUUGGGAAUCAGGGAAGGGAAGGGUUUUGGUAGGGAACUUGCUCCGCGCCGGCAAGGAGGCGGAGGAGACAGAGAGGGGGAAGGGGGGGGGGGGGAUAUGCGGUACGGCG